GGGGUUUGGGAUCAUUUCAAAACCCCAGACGGUCGACAACGCCCUCCCCGGCCUACAGCCUCAGUCAUGGGCGCACUAUGACGCUAAUAGAAGCCGCGAAGGUUGGCAGCGGCGGCGGAGGCGCGGGCGUCGGCAGGCGUCUCGGGUGAGGGGCUGGGACGGCUUAGUCGCCCAGCCACCUACGGCGCCAUGGGUGGCAAGAAAGGCCCGCCCCCGCAGCCGGGGGUUAAAGGGCCCUCCUCCCUCUUCAUCCUCUCCGACGACAACAUCCUCAGGAAGUACACCAAGUUCAUGAUAGAAUGGCCUCCGUUCGAGUACGCAGUGCUGCUGACCAUCAUCGCCAACUGCGUGGUGCUGGCCAUGGAGGAGCACCUUCCCGACGGCGACAAGACGCCUCUGGCGCAAGACUUGGAGAAGACGGAACCUUACUUCCUCUUCAUUUUCUGCGUAGAGGCGUCACUCAAGAUCAUCGCCCUCGGCUUCGUCCUCCACCCAAAAUCUUACCUGAGGAACAUAUGGAACAUGAUGGACUUCGUGGUUGUGGUGACGGGGUUCAUCACGUUAUUUGGGCAGGACGCCAUAGAAGUAGACUUAAGAACACUGAGAGCUAUCCGGGUUCUAAGGCCAUUAAAACUAGUAUCAGGCAUACCGAGCCUCCAGGUCGUCCUCAAGUCCAUCAUCAAGGCGAUGGCUCCGUUGCUGCAGAUCGGGUUGCUCGUCCUGUUCGCCAUUGUUAUCUUCGCCAUCAUAGGCCUUGAAUUCUACUCGGGUGCUCUCCAUAAAACCUGCUACAGUUUAGAAGACUUAGGUCAAAUAGUGACAGAAGGAGAGAUGCCAACGCCAUGUAACACAGACAAUGUAUCCUUUGCUCCAUCGGGUUCCUUUGUGUGUAAUUAUAACAUCUCCACCUGUUUGGAGCUCUGGGAUGGUCCCAAUUAUGGCAUCACGUCCUUCGACAACAUCGGCUUUGCCAUGUUGACGGUGUUCCAGUGCAUCACGCAAGAAGGCUGGACGUCCAUACUGUACUGGACAAAUGAUGCGCUUGGUAGCAAUUUCAACUUUCUCUACUUUGUGCCCCUUAUCGUAUUGGGGUCCUUUUUCAUGCUCAACCUAGUCCUUGGUGUGUUGUCUGGUGAGUUUGCUAAGGAGAGAGAGAGAGUAGAGAAUAGACAAGAGUUUUUAAAGCUUAGACGGCAGCAGCAAUUAGAGAGAGAGUUGAAUGGCUAUGUCGAGUGGAUAUGUAAAGCAGAGGAAGUAAUAUUAGCAGAAGAACGUACUACAGACGAAGAAAAAGCUCAUAUAAUGGAAGCCCGGAGGAGAGCAGCGGCCAAGAAGAAGAAACUGAGACAUCUCGGGAAAAGUAAAAGCACCGAUACAGAAGACGAGGAGAACGAGGCUGAGGAUGAGGAUGCCCCCCUUUCUCUCGCAGUUCCUGCCAAAAAGAAAGGUUGUUGUCCAUGUUUGUCGAGAGCUUCCUACUUAAAAAACAAAGUGAAGAAACAAGGUGCCUGUCAGAAUUUUUGGAAAGCAGAAAAAAGAUUAAGAUUUGGCAUCAGGCGAACCGUAAAACAACAGUGGUUCUACUGGUUCGUUAUCAUCCUGGUGUUCCUCAACACAGCUUGCGUGGCUGCCGAACAUUACGGCCAACCCGACUGGCUCACUAAAUUUUUGUACUAUGCAGAAUUUAUAUUUCUAGGUCUAUUCAUAACUGAAAUGUUUGUAAAAAUGUACGCCCUGGGGGCAAGAAUAUACUUCGAGUCCUCGUUCAACCGGUUCGAUUGCGUCGUCAUCAGCGGGUCCAUCUUUGAGGUCGUGUGGUCGUCCUUCAAAUCCGGCUCCUUUGGUCUGUCGGUGCUUCGAGCCCUGCGACUCCUGAGGAUAUUCAAAGUUACAAAGUACUGGGCCUCCCUCCGUAACCUGGUGAUCUCGCUGCUGAGUUCGAUGAGGUCUAUCAUCUCUCUGUUGUUCCUGCUCUUCUUGUUCAUCCUCAUCUUCGCCCUCCUUGGUAUGCAACUCUUCGGAGGCUCCUUCAACUUCCCCGAAGGAACUCCGCUCGCUAACUUCAACACUUUCGCCAUCGCUCUCCUAACAGUGUUUCAGAUUCUCACGGGUGAGGACUGGAACGAGGUCAUGUACAAUGGUAUCGCCUCACAGGGUGGUAUUAAGUCCGGCAUGAUCUACAGCCUUUAUUUCAUCAUCUUGGUGAUCUUCGGUAACUACACUCUCCUAAAUGUGUUCUUGGCUAUCGCCGUCGAUAACUUGGCAAACGCGCAAGAACUCACGGCGGCUGAGGAGGAGCAGGAGGAAGAAGAUAAGGAGAAGCAGCAAGCCGAGCUGGAGAAGGAGCUGGAGGCGCUGCAGAACAACACAGACGGGCCGCCCAAGGUGGAGAUCUGCCCUCCCUCUCCCGGCGGGGAAAACAAGAUGAAUGACAAGAAAGCCGCAGAAGCUGGAGAUAAAAAGGAAGAAACGAAGACAGACACAAAGGAAGAAAAGAAGGAAGAGAAAAAGGAAGAAUCAAAAGAGGAAGAUAGCAAGCGGGAUGGCGGAAAAGAUGACAAGGAGGCGGAGAGCGAGAACCAGGAGGAAGAUAUGGGGGGACCUAAGCCUAUGUUACCGUACUCUUCCAUGUUUAUCCUCUCACCCACCAACCCAAUUCGGAGAGCGGCGCAUUGGGUAGUGAACCUCCGCUACUUCGAUGUGUUUAUCAUGAUCGUCAUCACAUUGUCUAGCAUCGCCCUCGCCUCAGAAGACCCCGUCAGAGAGGACUCUGAGUGGAACGCUAUCCUCAACUACUUUGAUUAUGCCUUCACCGGAGUUUUUGCCAUAGAGAUGAUUCUGAAAGUCAUAGACUUAGGGGUGAUAUUCCAUCCUGGAUCCUAUCUCAGGGAUAUUUGGAACAUAAUGGACUCCGUGGUUGUCAUAUGUGCGGCCGUAUCCUUUUGUUUUGAUAUGAUACCCUCCCUGCAACUGAAGGGAAGCAGCACAGGCCAGAACCUGAGCACCAUCAAGUCACUACGAGUGCUGCGUGUGCUGAGGCCCCUCAAGACCAUCAAGCGGGUACCCAAGCUGAAGGCGGUGUUCGACUGCGUCGUCAACUCCCUCAAGAAUGUGUUCAAUAUUCUCAUAGUGUACAUACUGUUCCAAUUCAUCUUCGCUGUUAUUGCUGUACAACUGUUCAAUGGAAAGUUUUUCUACUGCACCGACGAGAGUGUACAUACAAGAGAUGAAUGUCAGGGAGAAUACUUCGUCUUCGAAGGGUACGACCGGCCGCCUGAGGUUAGGCCGAGAAAGUGGAACCAACAGAGCUUCCAUUACGAUAACGUGAUGGCCGCCAUGUUGACCCUCUUCGCCGUCCAGACAGGCGAGGGUUGGCCUCAAGUCCUCCAGAACUCCAUGGCGGCGACGUACGAGGACCAUGGACCACAGCCUCAGGUCGCCGUCGAAAUGUCCAUCUUCUAUAUUGUGUACUUCAUUGUGUUCCCUUUCUUCUUCGUGAACAUCUUCGUUGCUUUGAUCAUCAUCACGUUCCAAGAGCAAGGAGAGGCUGAGCUUCAAGACGGAGAGCUCGACAAGAACCAGAAAUCGUGCAUAGACUUUGCAAUUCAGGCCAAGCCCCUUGAGCGGUAUAUGCCAAAGGACCGCUCCAGUGUAAAGUACAAGAUAUGGAGAGUCGUCGUCUCAACCCCAUUUGAAUAUUUUAUCAUGUUACUAAUCGUGUUCAAUACACUUCUCCUCAUGAUGAAGUAUUACCAAGCGGGAAAUCUCUACAUGGACAUUCUGGGAUACCUCAACAACGUUUUCACCGUUUUCUUUCUGCUUGAAUGUGUUUUGAAAAUUAUAGCGUAUGGAUGCAGGAAUUUUUUCAAGGAUCCCUGGCACACCUUCGACUUCAUCACCGUCAUCGGUUCCAUCAUCGACGCUCUCGUGGUGGAAUUCGGGCGAAUCUAUGGCGAAGGGACAGAAAACUUCAUCAAUGUUGGGUUUCUGAGACUGUUUCGAGCUGCCCGUCUUAUAAAGCUUCUUCGGCAAGGCUAUACCAUUCGUAUUCUACUAUGGACAUUCGUACAGUCCUUCAAAGCGCUGCCAUAUGUUUGUCUCCUCAUAGCAAUGUUAUUCUUCAUCUAUGCUAUUAUCGGCAUGCAGGUCUUUGGUAAUAUAGAUUUGGAUCCCACUACGUCUAUAACACGGCACAACAACUUUAGAAAUUUUGCAGAGGGCAUAAUGCUUCUGUUCAGAUGUGCCACGGGUGAAGCGUGGCAGAGCAUCAUGUUGUCUUGCAUCAAGGGACGCCCAUGUGACCCUGACGCCCUGAAGAACAACUCCAUGAAGACGUGUGGAUCGAAUGUCGCUUACAUGUACUUCGUGACCUUCAUCUUCCUCUGCUCCUUCUUGAUGUUAAACUUGUUCGUGGCUGUCAUUAUGGACAACUUCGACUACCUGACGAGAGACUCCUCCAUCCUGGGCGCCCAUCACCUCGACGAAUACAUCAGAAUAUGGGCGGAAUACGAUCCGAACGCCACAGGAAGAAUACACUACACAGAGAUGUACGACAUGUUAAGAAACAUGGAUCCCCCGUUAGGCUUCGGCAACAAGUGUCCGUAUCGGUUAGCUUACAAGAAGCUCAUACGGAUGAACAUGCCGCUGGACGACGAGGGGAAGGUCCACUUCACCACCACGCUCUUUGCGCUCAUCCGCGAGAACCUGUGUAUCAAGAUGAGGCCCGCGGAGGAGAUGGACCAGGCGGACUUGGAGCUGAGGGCCACCAUCAAGAAACUGUGGCCACUCCAAGCCAAAAAGAAUCUUGACUUCAUAGUGCCUCCAGAUGAUGAACUUAAAUACGAGAAACUGACAGUGGGUAAAAUCUACGGGGCCCUACUCAUCCUGGAAAACUGGCGGACGACUCGUUUCGGCCAAAUCCAACCCACGGGAGGCCUGGAUGAGAAUGAGGAAGCAAAAGAUAAAGAGAAUGAGGUAGUGGAGGAGGAGGAUGAUGAGGAUGAAAAGUUUGAGUCAACGGAGGACAUAUUAUGCGGGGAGGGAGAACAGCUCCUCAGCAAUAUGGAAAAAGCUGAGAACCAAAUCAUCGAAACAGAGAGAACGGAGGAAACAUUUGAAACUGAGGAUACAGGGGAAACUGAGGAGCAGGAAACCGAAUCAGUGGGGCUGGAGCUGGCCGAGGUAGUGCAAGCGGCGUCCCGACGGGGCUCCCUGGCCUCGGACGACGGCGGAAGACACCUCCGGCCGGACGAGUACCCCGUCAGCCGGUACCGGUCGCGCUCGCCGUCGCCCUCGCGUGGCUUCCAGUCGCCCACGCCCCCGCACAGACGGCUAAGAUCUCCGACGCCCAACAGGAGGAGCCCGUCGCCCCGUCGGGCCGGCCAGCCACACGACGUCGGCUUCAGCGACGCCGUGAGCGACUUAGUGGACCUCGUCAAGUACGACCACGGCCACAAGCGAGGCAAAAUGCACGACGACUUCGGCAUGAUGUCUCCGGUGCGGGGUCGAAGUCCCAGCCGCCGCCGCGAGCCGUUCCCGGCCCGGCCCUGGGGCGUGAGGGACAUCCGCUCGGAGUCCAACAGUCCGGACCGCCACUACAUCCCCACGCGGCUGGACGCCCGCUCGCGCAGCCCCUCGCCGCACUCAGGGCUCGCCGGGACAGCAGCGCGCCGCGGCCGGACGCUGGAGUACUACGGCACGGCCUCGCUGGACCGGCGAUCGCGCAGCCCCUCGCCACACCGGCGGGCGGGCUCCAGUUACCCGACCAUACCGCAACGGCGGGGCGGCGGUCGUCGGUUGCCUGCCACACCCAACAAACCCUCUACACUCCACCUGGGCCCCCAGCCCCAGGGCGCGGGCCACGCGGGACCCAGCCACCACACUCUCCCAGGGGCUAAAUCCCCCACUAGAUCUCAGCCCAUUAACUUCCCCAAGCUGAACGCCUCGCCUACGCAUGUGCCCAAGCUAGAAAUGCCUCCGGUGUUCCGCGAGCGAAGGACUCCACCAGUGACAGAGGGGAGCGCUCGCCCCCGAGGGCCCCCGCAAGGGAUCAUUGCCCAAGGGGCACUCAGGCGGCCGCCCAUGGCGCCCAUUAGAGACCAAUAUCCGUAUGAGCGGCGGCCAGAAGAGCCACUUAGUUUCGAACAGGCGGCUGCCUACGGGCGAGGCCCCCGGCGUCAGCUGCCCUCACCAGCAGUGCCUAACGGGUACAAGCCAGGGCGGGACCGUGCAGUGACGCGGCUGCCUGCCCCUGGGGUUGGGGGGGGAGGGGCGGGGCCUCAGCGGAAGGGGGCCCAGGGGGAGCGACAUAGUGACAGUGAUGAGGACGACUGGUGCUAGUGGAUCCCACAGGGCGGCGUAGGCCCCCACCCCCCUAGGGCGGUGGUGGGGGCGGCACUGCCCUGACUAGCAGUGCCUGGGGGUAGAGUGCAGCACUGGACCUGGGCAGGGGAGUAAAAUAGGGCCACAAGACUAGUGUGGCUUUUCUUCAUGUUUGUUUUGUACCAUAUCCCCUACAAGUGCUUUAUUUAAAACAUACAACAAAUGUUCUAUCAAAUCUGUGAUAUUUUAAUGUCACCACUACUGUAGCUCUCUUGUGUGAGGGUUGUAUGAAUAUCAAAAAAAAAACGAGCAGAAUGAGAUAUGUCAUUCCAUUUUAUCUGUCGGUUUAGUCAUUGUUCGUUAGGUGUAGUAUGAGUACCACUUUGUUACCUUUUUCUUCUGGUUUUUGACGACUAGGCAGUUAGUCAGUAGUGUUUACGAUUUGCUACGGAGACAGAGGUUCUCCAGGUCAAUCUCACGCGACAAGAACAACCAUUUGCCUGCCAAAGCUCGAGUGUUUGUGCUGCCGAGCAGCCUCAGUGCGUGGGUGGACGGCGAUGCUGGAGUCUCUUGCUGCUGUCCUUUCACAUUCCUCCUCGCCUUGCAGGUUUUGUUGUACUCGUUAGUCUUAAAUUGUGUGGACGGCGGUACCUUUUGUAUCUCUUGUCCACAACCAAAGUGUGUGUCCAUCAGUGUGGAGUGGGGACAGCAAGGCCCCUCCCCUCUCUCCUGCUCCAUUUUGCACCAAAGUAAUCAUUAAAAAUGGAUUCAACAUUACAUCACGAUUAGCGGACAUAAAAUGUAUGUGGUAACACAAAAAUUGGAAUUGUAUGUUAAGAAAUUAUUGGUUAUUUAUUAUUGAGAAAAAUAUAUAGUGGUCACUCUUUGUCAAACAGAAAAAAAACCAGAGAAAAACAGCAUUGGCUUUAACAGUGUACGAGUCCUGUGUUAAACCUAGCGUGGUGAUGCGUCCACUCUUUCUUGUAUAUUACUCUUGAUGCCCCUUUGAAGAAAUGUUGGGAAGACAGUGACCCAAGAAACGCCUCCAGUUAAAGUAAAUUCCUAAAAUCUUAGGAUGUUUAACGACUGUGAAUAUUAGGGACUUUGGUUUUACACUAACGAGAAGAGCUUGGUUUACUGGGGAAUGUUAUUAUUUAGGGGAUCCUUGUGGUCUUUGGAUUUAACGUUUUGACCUUUUGUAUUAAAAGUCCUGCCUUAUAUGGAUUGGCCCUCACCUUGGGGGAGUGUUCAGCUUGGCACUCUAGGCGCAGCUGUGGGGGUUUUUGGGCACCCAUGGAGGCACGAAGCACCUGAGGGUGGGAUUUUGGGACACCCAGAGAGCUUAUGAAAAGAACCCAGGGACAUUAGGGACACCCAGGACUCUAAGGGCAUCUAGGGAUAUAGGGGAACCCAGAUAUUUUAAAGAGCACCCUUGUGUUUUUUGCUUUUUUUGAGAAAAAAAAUGUAUCUACAGAAGAUAAAAAAAAAAAUUGAGACAUUCAGGGAAUUUCAAGCACCUGCAUAAUGUAAGGAUCCUCCGUGAUUCUGUGUUUAACCAGGGAACACGAGGCACCUUCAGUAUAGGGUCUCCUUCAUCUUCAAGACACACGCGGUCUUGACACGGCAUGCGGGGAGGCUGAGGACACCACAGGAGAGAGGUUACGGGUUACUAUGUAAUCUUGUCAGUGAUAUGUGAUCAUGACUCCUAAGAUUUUAUUGCGGCUGUUACGUUAUCUUGGGGUUCCUAUGUAGUCCUUUGAUUGCUAUGCAGUCUUAGGGAUUCCAAGUACCAAUGGGUAACCCUAUUCACAGGGUAAAUGGUUUUCGAGUUUCUUAUUUCUUGCAUGAACCAACAGAGCACAAUAUUACCUGUUGCAUUCAUUAUGAUGAUGCGGUCUGAUUUGUGAAGCAUAGCAUAAAAAAUAUAUAUGUAUAUGUGUGUGGUCAAGAUGUGGUCAUAUAGGUUGAUUUUGUCAUUUGAUUAAUCUGAAGCUUAGUGCAGAUGAUGACUUGCCUUUCACCCUUUGGCUUCGGAGGUGAUACAUUCAUGUAAAUGUUCAUUUGUAUAUAGUAUGCAUGAAGAAAAGCUAAAGUUAACACAAGAAAGAGCUAAAGUGUAAAGGUAAAAAGAGACAUGAAAUCCAUAGGAGUCCUUAAAUGCUCUCAAAAAAGGUAAAAUUCAAGAAUAAUUUCUAUUCGAGAUUUUGGAAGUUUAAGCAAAAUUCUUAAAAUGAUAAUGAUAAUUUAAAAAAAGGAAUGACGUAGAACCAAAUCAUAAUUUUGUGUCUGGAGUCUCAAGCGUCCGCGUGGGUCCCAAUCACCCUUAUACUGCAAAUCCAUAAGUGCUUUUUUGUAUAAAAUAGUGUUACUUCCAGUAGUGUUUCGCAGUAUCCAUCCUACUACCAAGAACCAAGUUGAGAUAUUUGCUGAUACAUAACCUUUCUGGUGUUGAUAUCCCAGUUGUAUCUAACAGAAUCGAGGUCCAAUGAUGCAUGUCUGAUAAAUUGUUCUCUUAGUACCAGCACUUGCCGAAUUCGUUUGAUCUCUCCUUCUUCGUCUUCUUCUCCCAUCUCUCGAUUCUUUGAUUCAGAACGUUGAGUUUCACAUAUCCUCAUUUCUCAAAUUACUCUCAAGCUUCAGAUCCCGGUACUAUUGUUAUUGAUGAUGCCACGAGUCACAUAAGGUAGAGUGCCCAGUCUUUCAGUAGCUACUUAACUCGUAGAUGAAAUCAGAGACAUUUAACUGCACUUCUCUGUGUCGGGGGUAUCAAACAAUGGAUGAGAGUGAUUCACUAAAUAUACUUCACAGAAUCUGAUGUAAACGUUUUAAACUAUUUAUCGCAAGCUGAAGACUGAACUUUUGCGGUGAACAAAUUUGAACGUAAAUUUCACUCCGCAUCAAAGUCUUUCGUAUCUGAGACUACGAUAUUCUACCAAAUGUGGUAUUAAACAUAAUUAAGACAAGAAUAUUGCGCUCUAAGCCAAGAUUUUCAACCCUCAUCUCAUCUUGUCAUUAAAAUCUAUUAUUGCCCAAAACGCCAAUAUAAAAGUGUUCCAUAUCGUAUAUUCUUCAGCUGAAAUGCACAGAGAACCUCUAUAUCUUUAACUAAAUCUCUACCACUUUCAUAAUGCUUAAUGUUUCAUUAUCUACUCAUUGUAUAGAAACUUCACAUUACAACCUGUUGAAAGAAAACCCAGUUGCAAUUUGAGAUAUAUAUGAAUAUAUAUACAUACAUUUAUAUAUAAGAAUAUAUAUAUGUGAAUUAUAAUAGCCUAUGAUUGAUCUAAACUUCAAAUAUUUAUGAAAUCUGAUGUAAUGUCGCCAUCGUAGAAUUGAUGGCAUAACCUUUUGGUCUACGGAUUUCGUAGGCUUUUACCUGCAAUCGUGUAGGCCUAUGGCGGCCACCUCCACAGGCCGGCCUCACCACCGCAUCGUCACCGCGAACUCCACGCGGUCAAAACACUGUCCAGCCCCGCGCAGCCCCGCGUAGGCCGCAGCCCAAACCAUUUUCCAGUGGGUGAAAAUGAUGUACAUGUUGAAUAGACUCUUGUGCGUGAAUUCUUGGGUGCCCUUUGCAUAUAUACACUCCUUAGCUGCUUCUCGGAUACCUUGGUAAAUACACUAGCGAUAGCCCUUCGCCCUCCCAGUUCUAACCCUCUUUAACCGAACAGUGGAUUGAAUCGGCUCUCCUCUUUUUGGAAUGUGUUCUCGAUAUCCUCAAAGAGCCACCAAGAAUUUGGGCAUGAGACCGACCUAUAAAUCCCCCCCCCCCCCCUCCCCUUACUCUAGUGCAUGAUCAGUUUGAGAUAACUUUGAUACUGUUUAACUAUUUAAUCAGUUUUAAGUCCCAUAGCUAUUGGUAUUAAUGAACGAAAUAAUAAACAAAACAGCAAAGGAAAUCCUAUGAGAGGUUGUGGGUAGGGUACCAAGGGGUUUUUUAACCAGUAGUCUGACUCAAUUAGCCUGAAUCAGCGGAAAUUAUCCCCCUUCCCCCCUCCUCCCUCCCUCCCUCCCCUACAUAACACCCCCCCGAAUAUCCCCUGAAGAUAGAGCGGCCCCUAAAUACAGGCCUUGACUCUAUAAUGCAAAGAGCUAUUCCGUGGUCUUUGUAUCAUCGUGUGUGCCUUCAUUCUCUUCAGUUUUUUCUCUUUGCCUGUCGUUGGAAUAAGACGAGAUUUGGGGAUUCUGAGCUCACGGUGGAGUUGCCAUAAGGUUCAAUUUAAAAAAUAAAAAAAUAAAAGAAAAAAAGACAUUAAUAAUCCUCCCUCUCUUGCCCUCCCCCCCCUACACACACCUUUAUAAGUAAGAUUGAAUCCUUUUGGGGACCACCGAGGCAAAGGCUCAAGUUUCGCAAAUCCCGUCGUGAAAUAUGGCAUAGGUCGCGAGAUAUCUAUGGAUCUAUGGUUCUCUGAAAAUUAAGAAAGAACCCUAUGCAGAUGUGACGACUCUUUUUAUUAUUAUUAUUAUUAUUAUUAUUAUUAUUAAUUUUUAUUUUUAAUUCUUUUUUUUUUUUUUUUUUUUUUUUUUUGUCUCAGCGCGACAUGGAACAGCUUGGAGUGGCGUCCUUCGGUGGAUGCGUCGGGGGAGAAAAGAAAAAAAAUUACGUUAUUCUCUCUUUUUUUAUAUAUAUCUUAGAUUGGUUCAUUCGUUCGUUAUGUGGUCCAUACAGCGUAGCAUGUUUUCAGUAGUUGGUCCGUGUUACGUGCUGCGGUAACGUGUGCCAUAUGCACAGGGUUCAUUAUAGAUAUGUCAAUGCCCUUGCGCUAAACGGGCUGUUGGUUGUGCACUGAAACUGCCGUGUGAAGUGUCAGUGUUUUAUUCGAAUUUGAAUAAAAAAAAAAUAUAUAUAAAAAAACAUGGCAUGAAUGAUUUGUCAGUAAGUAUGCUGUAUAAAGAUUCAGAAUGUAACCUACAUGCCAAAUUGAGACUUUUUGGUGUUCCUGGCUAUUCCCUCUUGUAAGUACCAAUCAACCAUUCCUAAAUUAUGAUGAGCUAUUUCCAAUAGACUGUUCACUCGUUGUUGACUGUAGGUGAUAUAAAGGUGGUGGAAGGUUUUUAGACACUUUAUUCAUUUGAUUUGUUAUGGGCAUGGACGUGGGUUCUUACCAAAAUGAGAGAUGCUGUGUCUUUUUAAAACAUUGAUUGUUCUGUGUUUUUUAAGGAAAUGAAAUUAUGGCUGUAUUGCUUCAAACAUGACUUGCAUAGUGUUCGUACUUACAGGAAAAAGCAAGUAAUAACUCGAAAACGUAAGAGAGAACUUUGCCCGGCAGCAACCCACCAAUCACAACAGGGAUUUGAAAAAAGUCCUGCGUUCUGAUUGGCUCUCGCUGCCAAGGAAAACGUCCACACUUGCAUUUCCGACAAAUUCUUUCUCGUUGCUUUUUCAUGAAUUUCCGAACCUCCUCUUUUUUGGAAAUUCGGUGGUGACGUCAUGGAAUGUGUGUAAUAUUGGAUGACUCUGUUGUAACCGCUCACUCGAUUAUGUAUAGCACGGUACCCAGUAGCUGUUUUUGAAGAGACUUUUAUACAAAUCAUUCGUUUUCCUACAAUAAAUGAAACAAAGUGAGAUGUAGUGCUAGAAAAAAAAAUAAUAAAACCUCAACAUGUCUGCCUUUAUUUGGGACUUGUUGUAAAGCAUCAGUUUCUGGGAUACUAAAGAGAACUAACUUUUCACUUUACAGCCAGUUCAGAAAUGAUAGAUGAAUAGAUAGUUGAUAUAAUGAAAGAAAAAAUAAAAAAAAAUAUUUGAAUCUUUUUGGACAUAUCCCGGAAACUGAUGACUUGCCAUAUUAUCUGGUAGUUUUCAAGACUAGUGAAUUUCUAAGGCAGAUAAUACAGAGCGCAAGAAAAACCACGAUCACCGCCAAUACAUAAAUCAGUCCUUUUCCACAUCCUAACUCUCUUCUAGCCAAUGCUCUCGCUAAAUGUUUUCAUACUGAAUGCGUGGACAGGUCUGUACAGGAUUAUAUUGUCUCGAAUAAACAUUUUAUCAAUAUGCAUUGUUUAAAAGUU